CGACAACAGAUCAUGGUCACGUAAGUGCUAUAUAGGUCAGCGCCUGUAUCCCCCUCUCCCCAUCUACAGCACAUUUCGUGCCAAUUAACUCCAAGAAUCCUGAUGAAAUACUACUCCAUGUAUCGAUCCAGCAACCUUGUGGUUUUUGCUCCCUCAGGCGCCGCAGAAACCUGUCGCUGCGAAAGUUGGCACGUUCCACAUCUUCUAUGGGGCUCCCGCUGUUAAGGGACUUGGACAAUGGAGACAGAUUCUGAGGCUGUUAUCGACGAAUCAACAGAUCCGAAUCCUCGUGCUGCUGUACCUCUCCAAGCUUUCGCUACUCACUUGGCGCUGUACGACUUCUCCCUCAAAACAUCACCUCCAUCGGUGUUCGACCCACGAUGCUCGGCUGGCGUGCCGAAGAAACUUGACAUAUCCAUGAAUAACAACUCUUCUGACUGGGACUGUGGUGUCAUCUAUAACGGCAAGUUCAUGGAAUGGGAUGGCCUCUUGAUUCAUGUCGGAGAAUAUGAAGACGCAUUGUACUAUGCAUCAACCAAGUUCAAGCCGCAGACAGUCAUCAAAGUUGUCACUCUCACCGGGUAUGUCACGGCUAUGGAUACUGCACUGGGUGGGAUCUACAUCAGUACCUGGUUUCACGGUAUGCCAUUGCAUUGCUGCCUUCGACACAUCGCUAACCGAAAUGGACAGGAGCCUUCUGUCCGAUGUGCUCACCUCGGUAUUACUAGGACUACGCAGUUAACGCUCCUAACACAAUACGAAGAAAGAGGAAUGACCGGGCGUCCUGUUCGUGCAUUGGUGGAAUUUAUAGGGUCAAAACAGAAAUAG